GAAAGUGUACCGCAACUAAUUCCAUCGGAGAUGAUUCUUCGCACCGCGGGUGCGUCGAAUGUAUACAGUGUAUUUGCUUACCCUGGAACCGGUAAGGCAAGGGAUAUGCUUACUACUGAGACUGCUGACACAUCUGGUAGCGAGAGUGGAAACUUGACUAACGUCAGGGCGCGUCAUUGUGCUCAUUUUCAGUUUAAUAAAAUGUGUAAUUUGGGAGAAUCAUGCAAUUUUAUUCAUUCUUUGGUUCCAUAUGUGCAGCGACUUUCUAUGUCUUCACAAGGUCCACUUUAUAAUUCAAUAGUGACACAACGUCCUCUUUUGAUGCCUUCUACCUCUAUGGCGCAUUUCAGUCGAUUUCCUAAUGGAAAUAACAACAAUGGAGUUGUCUCCUCAUAUUCAAUGGAGUUUAUGCAGCCCUCAAUGCUCCAUGUAUCACCUCAGACACAACAACAACAACAACAACAAAAACAACAACAAAAGCAACAACAAAAACAACUGCACCAGCAACCGCAACAUGCCAUGCCACCACCACCACCGACCGUGUCACACUUAAUACCAUCUCCCCAACCAAGUGAGCAUCUCAUGUACCAAAGUAACAUGUCUAUGAUGUCGUUGCCAAUGUACAUGUCAUCUCCCAUUUCAUCGACAUGGGACGGUGUUCGGUACGGUGCAAACUACCAAUGA